AUGAACUACGUGCUGCAGCUCGUGCCGCUCGCAAUCUCCAUCAUCGCCACCGUCGUCUACCCGAAAGUGCUCAAGCGUCGCUGGGGGUACGACCCGUCAGACCCCUCGACUGGAUACCCCCCAGAAGACCGCGCCACCCUCGACGCGGGCCUGCUGCACGUCGGCGGCGCUGGUGGCGGCAAGCUAGGCCGCGUGGGCAGUACGCGCCCGCUGCUGGGCAGCUGGCUGCUGCUCGGGCACGGGCGCAGCGGCGACGCGCUCGCCGGCGCGGAGGCGGGGCUGCGGCCCGAGGCGGGGGCGGGUGACACUGAGGAUGCGGCGGUUGUUAUAGGGCCGGCGCAGGCGCCCGUGCGUCGCGGGGAGCCGAGGGUCAGUGCAUCAGCCAGCUUCCCCGCAGCCGGAGAGCGGCCGCCGCAGUCGCCCCACGCGGCGCCCGCCGCCGCCCACUCGCACUCGACAUGA